AUGCUCCGUGAUAUCCUUGAAUUAGACAGCGAACCAGAACUCCGCCCAGCCUAUCUGAUCGGCUACGAAUGCAAGCUAUGGGGACAGUAUCCUGCCCUUCUCGAUGCACCGGGGUUAGAGGUGAAGGGAGCAGUCUAUAACGUGCGCACGGUGGAAGAGGGCGAACGACUUGCCGAAUACGAAACAAACCACUACCGUGCCGAGUCUUGUCAUAUUCGCUAUACAGAUGGGGAGGAACCGGCCGAGGACUACGGGUACACGUUCAAAUUUGUUGGUGAUCGGCGUGAUCUCAGCGAGGGCGUGUUUGAUCUUGAGCUUUGGCUGAGACGCAUGGGGAAGGCUUCCUCGGACGACUAG